AGGAGCCAACAAGAAUCAAACGUGCGAUUUUAUUUUCAUCAACUCCUUUCGUUGGCCUAAAAGAUAAACAACUGUCAAAAUGUGUGACGAUGAUGCGGGUGCAUUAGUUAUCGACAACGGUUCGGGCAUGUGCAAAGCCGGCUUCGCUGGUGAUGACGCCCCCCGUGCUGUAUUCCCCUCGAUUGUGGGUCGUCCACGCCACCAGGGUGUGAUGGUGGGUAUGGGUCAGAAGGAUUCGUACGUCGGUGAUGAGGCUCAGAGCAAACGUGGUAUCCUGACGUUGAAAUAUCCCAUUGAGCACGGCAUUAUCACUAACUGGGAUGACAUGGAGAAGAUCUGGCAUCAUACCUUCUACAAUGAGUUGCGUGUGGCCCCCGAGGAGCAUCCAGUAUUAUUGACAGAGGCCCCACUUAACCCCAAGGCCAAUCGCGAGAAGAUGACUCAGAUUAUGUUCGAGACCUUCAAUUCGCCAGCCAUGUACGUUGCCAUCCAGGCUGUGCUGUCCCUGUACGCUUCCGGUCGUACCACUGGUAUUGUGUUGGACUCCGGUGAUGGUGUCUCCCACACUGUGCCCAUCUAUGAGGGUUUCGCUCUGCCCCAUGCCAUCCUGCGUCUGGACUUGGCCGGUCGCGACUUGACCGAUUACCUGAUGAAGAUCCUGACUGAGCGUGGCUACUCUUUCACCACCACCGCUGAGCGUGAAAUCGUGCGUGACAUCAAGGAGAAGUUGUGCUAUGUGGCUCUGGACUUUGAGCAGGAAAUGGCCACCGCUGCCGCCUCCACAUCCCUGGAGAAGUCGUAUGAGUUGCCUGAUGGUCAGGUCAUAACCAUUGGCAACGAGCGUUUCCGCUGCCCCGAGGCUCUGUUCCAGCCUUCGUUCUUGGGCAUGGAGUCGUCCGGUAUUCACGAGACUGUCUACAACUCAAUCAUGAAGUGCGAUGUGGAUAUUCGUAAGGAUCUGUAUGCCAACUCUGUGCUAUCCGGCGGUACCACCAUGUACCCAGGUAUUGCUGAUCGUAUGCAAAAGGAGAUCACCGCCCUGGCCCCAUCGACCAUUAAGAUCAAGAUCAUUGCGCCACCUGAGAGAAAGUACUCCGUCUGGAUUGGUGGCUCCAUCUUGGCAUCGCUGUCCACCUUCCAGCAGAUGUGGAUCUCUAAGCAGGAGUACGAUGAGUCCGGUCCCGGCAUUGUGCACCGCAAGUGCUUUUAAAUCUUUCCCGCGUUGCGAAAGAUCAACAAAGACAAACACCACGUUAGCAAAGUCACUAACCAGCACCAACAUCAGCGAGCUUUUCACCAACGCCGGCGCGCUGCACAUUAAGCCAAACCAGCAAAGAAGAAGAGGAUAACAACAACAAUCUGUUGCACGAAAAUCAUUUAGGCCACAAUAUCAAUAAGAGGCUGAACGAUAUUCAAGCCACGCCCCUUAAAAUGUUACCAAACCCAGACACAGGCGAAUUUCACAGUCACGAACAUCUGCGUGAAACUCGCCGUAGUGUGAAAUAUUUAAAUUAUUUAUAAACUUAUCUAAACUGUAUAUGAAUGAGCUUUUAAUCUUAGCCAGUGAAAUUAAAGCCAAAUAUAUAUCUUCCAUUAAAAAAUAUAAACAUUUUCAAUAA